CCAGGCAAACCAAUCAGAGCAAUGGACAUCUUCUUGAUUACUCUGUGACAAAACGUAGUAUUUAUAAUUUAAUAUGUACACACAAAACUUGAUUAAUUAGCAGCGCUGUAAGGGAUGAUAUGGAGGGGUCUGUUGUUAUGAAUGCUGGAGAAGGUCCCAACAGCUACUUCAGAAACUCCAAGCUCCAGGGGAAAUUUUCGGAUGCUGCUAAGGUCCUCCUGAUGAACAGCAUUCAGGAGUCACUUGAUUUGAAAAAUCCACGAAAGGUUUUCUCCAUAGCAGAUCUUGGCUGCUCUACAGGUCCCAAUACGUUUUCUUGUGUGGAUACCUUGAUUCAAGUAGUCCAACAAAAGUAUAAUAAUACCCUGGCCCCUGAUCAUAUCCCUGAGUUCCAUGUCUUCUUCAAUGAUCAAGUCGGUAAUGAUUUCAAUACCUUGUUCAAAGCACUUCCUUCAUAUAGGCAAUACAUGGCGGCAGCUGGAGUUCCGGGAUCAUUCUACGGUCGGCUUUUCCCGAGAUCAUCCAUGAAUUUGAUCCAUUCAGCUACAUCGCUUCAUUUUCUACAAAGGGUCCCUGAGGGAGUUAUGAACAAGGACUCCCCUUCCUGGAACAAGGGAAGAAUCACAUAUGCCAAGAGCCAAACUCAGGUAGUUAUUGCUUUUAGAGAUCAAUUUUUUCGGAGACUUGAAAGAUUUCCUGAAAGCCAGGUCAGAGGAACUAGUCCCUGGUGGAUUAUUGGCAAUCUUAAUGGUUGGCAGGCCCGAAGGUACAUCGCCUCCCGAGGCAAAUCCUAUUCGUACCAUGUAAUGCUUAGGUGAUGCAGCUUCUGAUCUGGUCAAACAGAGUGCUGCUCCAGGGCGUGAUAGAAGAAGAUGAUGUGGAUUCAUUCAAUGUUGCUGUCUUCUUUCCGAGUCGAUCUGAAGUUCAGCAAGUGUUGGAUUCAUUUGACACUAUCUGACCAUUGAACGGAUGCAAGAAAUACAGUUGCCAGCCUGUCUUGACGUUUGGAUUUUGAGUGCGCAGCUCUGGAAGGCAUUUUCUGUGAACACUUUGGUCCAAAGCUCACCGAUGAAAUCUUCGACAACUUCCCUCACAAGCUGGAGAGCUUAAAGAGACUAGAUUUUACUGGUGUUGAGAAAACUGCCCGUCACUUUGUUUUGGUUAAGCGCAAGGAUGGAUGGUAACUGGCAAUAUCCAUUAUGAAUAGGGUGGCAACUGGCAAAUCCAAAAGCUUUGGAACCAUAUAAAUAAUAGUUGUAGAUUCUCCUUGUGUCAUGUUUAUUAAAAGCUUCCGGUGUGUGGGUUUCAUUCUACUCUGAGAUUGCUAUAUUCACUUGAAAUGACACAUUAAUGGCUUCAUAUAGCAACUGCUUCAAAUUUGAU